AUGGCUUUAUAACCCUGCAAAAUUUUAUCAAUCAUUUCUCCAAAUCAAUUUAUGAUCUAAACACAAUAAUCAAAAAUAUUAAUUGUAGGAGAUGGAAUUCCUAAUUUUUUAACAAGAGAUAAUUCAAUUGUUAAAUAGAAAACCUUAUAAACAUUUUUGGAAUAAUUAUAAUAUGUCAAUAAAGAUGCAUUGUAUAUAUCUAAAUAGAAUCAAAUCUAAAUAAAUAGUAUUGAUUUGAUUCAAAAUAUUGAUGAUAGUGAAGAGAUAUAAUUAAAUUUAGUAGGUGUAAAAAAUAAAGAACCUAAAGCAUCUUCAAUUAUAGAUGAUUAUAUAAGAUAAAUGAGAAAUAAAACAAUUAAAGCAAUAAUGGUAUCUUUUGAAUCCAAUAGUUUAAACUUUCUUUAUUAGAAUAAUACAAUUAUAUCUCUAGUACCUAAUGCUAUAGUAAUAGAUGGUAUUUAUUUAAUAUAUAAUCAGAUUUUGCAAUUAAAGAUUAAGAAUACACUAAAUUAAUGUAGACUGAAUGGUUAAACAAAGAGUUUAGUAUCACUUUUAAAGGAACAUCAAUAAUGAGUAUUAUUUAAAAUGAUAAUGUCAUUAAUAUUCCUAUUUUAAGAGCUGAAUUACAUUUGACAAAUUAACCUAAUAUUGAAUUAAGCAAUGAAUUUUAUUCUUCUUUAGUUCAAACAGGUUAUGCUUAUAUUAGUGAUUGGGGGUAUUUAUUGUAAAUAAAUGUAGAAAAUUAAAUUUAUCUCAAAAUUCAUAUUAGUUAUUAUAUUAAUGUUAAUAAGAAGCAAAAAGAUUAAAUUUAGGAAUGUGGAAAACUGGAGAAUUAGAUAGGAGUAUGUUAAAUUCUUUUACCUCUUAAUUAUAAGGAUAAGUAAUUGAAAUAGUAGAGGCAAAUUAAUUUUAUAUAAAAACUAAAACAGAAAAAUUAAAUGUUAAAUUAGAUAGAAUAUUUAUUGAAGGCUUAGAAGCAAAAGAAUUUAUAAGAAAAUUAUUGAUUGGAAAAUAAGUACAUGUUUUAUAAGUUGGUGAUAAUACUCCUUUAUAUUCUAUAUAAUUAAUUGAAAAUAAUCUUGAUAUAGAAGAAGAACUUAUUUUAAAUGGAUGGGCUACACCAAAAGAGAAUCAUCCUGGAUUAUCAAAAUUUAAAUAUUAAUAAUUGUUAUAAUUGAAUUAAAUUGCAAAAUAGAAAAAACUAGGAUAAUAUAGUUAAGAAUUAACUUGGAGAGUUGAAGAUUAAACUGAUUCUAAAUAAGGAAAAUGUGUAAAUGAAAUUAUUUGGUCAAAUAUUUCUAGAGACAAAUAAAGUGCUAAAUAAUCUGGAAUGAGUACAGGAAUUAGUAUAAAAGAAGAUUAUUAAUUAGAAGUAUUAAUAGAUAAAAUUCAUUUUAAUGGAUUAAUUUAAAUGACUAUUUUAAAAUAUCAUUCUAUGAUAAACUUUUAAUUAAAUGGUAUAACUAAUUUACAUGAAUUUGAAACAAGUUUUCCAUCUAUAAUUAAAUAUCAAGAAUAAAGAUAAAAUUAUACAUAUAAUUUAUUGAUGUAAAGAAAUGUUUGGGUUAAUUUUGAACAUUUUAAUAUUUAAGAAAAUUAAUUUUAUGGCAAAAUUUAUCUAAAGAAAAAUAAUAAAGAUACUGAUUUUAUUAUCAAUUUACUAUAAGAAGGAUUUACAUUUUUAAAAAGCAAUUUUGACUAUUAUGAUAAAUAUGAAGAAGCAUAAAAAUAAGCAGAAGAAGAUAAAAAAGGAUUUUGGAAUGAAUCUUAUGCUCAAUUCAUUUUAGAUUUCAUUCAUAAUAAAUAAUCAUUAAAAAAGUAAGUAAGUACAACAGAACAUAUACAAGAACAUGAUAAUUAAUUAAUAGAAUAAAUCAUUGUUACUGUUGUAAAUGAUUGUAAUGAAUUUUAUAUCAGAAGAUUAAAUAAUCCUGAAUUUGAAGAUUUAGAAAAUUAAAUUGAAAAUGCUAAAUUAAUUGUAAAUAUAUCAUUUAAUAUUAUAAAAAGCCUUUAAAAAAGCCAGUAAAAAAAGGAACACUAUGUUUGGCUAAAUUUUCAGAAGACAAUAGAGUUUAUAGAGCACAAGUCAUAUAAGCAUUUAAAAAUGAUAGAUUUUUGGUUAAAUUCAUUGAUUAUGGUAAUAAUGAUGAAGUUGGAUACCAAGAAAUGGGAGUACUUCCUUCUUAAUUCACUAGUAUCCCUUAAUAAACUAGAAUGUGUGCUUUAGCUUAUUUAAGAUUUCCACCUUAAACACAUGAAUUUUCAGAAGAAGCAGCUGAUAUUUUGAGAGAUUUAAUAUUAGAUCAACCUUUUGAUUGCAAGGUUAGAUAUACUGAAAAAAGUACAAAUAGGAAUUUUGUAACAUUAUAACAUUAAGGAUAAUUGGAUGAAUUACAAUUUACUAUCAAUAAAACUGUUCUGGAUAGAGGGUAAUAAUUAAUAGUUAUUAUUUAAGUAUAGGACGUAUUGAUCAUAGAUAACCUUAUAAUCCAUUAAAAUAAUUCUUAAAUAGUGAGUUAGAUGCUAAAGCAAAUGGGAUUGGUAUUUGGGGUUUUGAUGAUUGUUUAGAAGAUGAAAAGUAAUUUGAAGAUGAAUAUGAUUUUUAUUAGUGA